GGGGCGGGUUUCGCCUGGACCCCGCCUCCCCCUGCGGCCCGCUUGGCUCCACAUCAGCUUCCGUCAGCUUCCGUCAGCCUCGCUUCUGGAGGUGCCUCCCGGUGUCUCUCUUUUCUCCAGCACAGGGUUGAACUAUCCUAGCUGCCGUCCUGGAUCACUUCUCCUCCGCCCCGCUAGGGCCCUGUUGCUCCAAGGUUGAAUUUGGGGCAAGAGCAGGGCGAGGGCACCAGAGUUCCGUUGUCCUUGGAGGCUGCGGUAGCAGCAGCAAGCCACAUGGCCGCGGCUGUGAGCGCUGGCCACUGCGCAAACAUCGGGAGAACGUGACUGACGAUGCCACCAGGACCUUGGGGAAAGGGAGCCUCCCCCCUGGGCCAGUCCCAGAGGGCCUGAUCCGCAUCUACAGCAUGAGGUUCUGCCCCUAUGCGCACAGGACCCGUCUGGUCCUUAGGGCCAAAGGCAUCAGACAUGAAGUUGUCAACAUUAACCUGAGAAACAAGCCUGAAUGGUACUUUACAAAGCACCCUUUUGGCCAAAUUCCUGUCCUGGAGAACAGCAAAUGUCAACUGAUCUACGAAUCUGUCAUUGCUUGCGAGUACCUGGAUGAUGCUUAUCCUGGAAGGAAGCUAUAUCCAUAUGACCCUUAUGAGCGAGCUCGCCAAAAGAUGCUAUUGGAGCUAUUCUAUAAGGUCCCACAUUUGACAAAGGAGUGUCUGGUAGCCUUGAGAUGUGGGAGAGAAUGCGCUGAUCUGAAGCUAGCCCUGCGUCAGGAGUUCUGCAACCUGGAAGAGAUUCUUGGCUAUCAGAACACCAUCUUCUUUGGUGGAGACUGUAUAUCCAUGAUUGAUUACCUCUUUUGGCCCUGGUUUGAGCGGCUGGAUGUAUAUGGAAUAGCUGACUGUGUGAACCACACCCCCGCACUCCGUCUCUGGAUCGCAGCCAUGAAGCAGGACCCCACAGUCUGUGCUCUUCUCAUAGAUAAGAACAUCUUCCUGGGCUUCCUGAAUCUCUAUUUUCAGAACAACCCUGAUGCCUUUGACUAUGGACUAAAUUGCUGAAGCUCACGAUCCAUCUCUUCACCAUCCAGAAUUCCCAAGCAUGCCGUGAUUCUGCAGCAGCCCUUGUUUUGGUAGGGCAGUCUAUCUCUGUUCAUUUUCUUUGAGGCUCCCAAUAAACAUGAGGACAGAAUCAUUUCUUUCUUUUUUUUUUAGCCUCUGCCCCCCCCCGGGGGGGGCAUAUGGAGUUUCCCAGGCUAGGGGUCAAAUCAGAGCUGUAGCCGCUGGCCUACACCACAGCCACAGCAACACAGGAUCUGAGCUGCGUCUAUGACCUACACCACAGCUCACAGCAAUACCAGAUCCUUAACUCACAGAGCAAGGCCAGGGAUUGAACCUGUGUCCUCAUGGAUGCUAGUCAGAUUCGUUUCCACUGAACCACGAUGGGAACUCCAAGAAUCAUUUCUGAUAAUCAUUUGCAUGACCUCUCUAGCCCAUAGUGUCUAAAGAUUCUCUAGAAAUCUUUAGUUGCCCAGUGCUAACGUCCGGGGACACUUUAGGAGCCUGUGUGCCUUCGGCCCAACUUACUGGUGCUGAUGAUGCUGUUGAAGAUGAAGGCCACCCCAUCACUGAGGUUUGUUACUGCAGUUUGACACCCUCUACAACUUCCUUGUGGGCGGACAGCUAGAGACGAGAAGGAAGGAAACACAAGUCCAAAUACUCUUCAGUUGGCAAGUGAAAGCUGCAGUCCCUGUGGGUGUGCGGAAGUUUCAUUCUCACUCAAACUUUGGCCGUGGGCCUGGGAGACACCGAGGGUCUUGUGACCAAAAGAAUUCCAAAGCAGGAAAUGGAACACCCAUUAUCACCCUGCACCAAUGACGUCAGAAUUUCACCGGUGCUGUCAGGGCUCAGGAUGGCUCACAAAAUGUUCUGUAACUGACAUCCUGAGUUGAAAAAGUGCACUUGCAACCCAGCCCAGUCUCGGGCAAAGGUCAUUCUGUUGGAUUUGCGUCACGGAUGCUUUCAAUUCAUCCCAACGCAUGCCUCUGGUUGCCUGUUGUCUACCAAGCCCUGGGCCAUGUGGGUGAUAACCACGGCAAAAAUGACAAAGACGCAGGACCACCUGAUCUCUCCACUUUUUUUUUUUUUUUCCUUUUUAGGGCUGGACCUGUGGCAUAUGGAAGUUCCCAGGCUAGGGGUCGAAUCGGAGCUACAGCUGCCGGCCCACACCACAGCCCCAGCAACACCAGAUCCUUAACUCACUGAACAAGGCCAGGGAUCCAACCUGCAUCCUCAUGGUUACUAGUCGGGUCCAUUUCUCCUGUGCCACAACAGGAACUCCUCUCCACUUGUCUUGGAUGAGAUUUUAAACCUAGAGCUUUGGAGCUGCUUGCCUUGCAGUAGGAAUGUCUCUCUUUAAAAUAUUUUUAAAAUUGAAGUGUAGGUGAUUUAUAAGUUGUGUUAGUUUCUGGUAUACAGCAAAGUGAUUCAUAUAUAUAUAUAUAAAUAAUAUAUAUAUAUCCUUUUCUUUUUAGAGUGAAGGAAAAGUUGAAUAAUAUUUGAGUCUUCACAGUAUUAUUAAUAUAAAGAUUUACUCUCCACUCCAAGAAACUAUGGAAAUAUUCUCCUUUUCUGAUAUUUAUUCAGUUGACUCAAAAAAACCACUCAACUCCAGUUCGAUUUCACAGACCCAUUUCUCACACAAUGAGAGAGGAUCAAUAAAUAAACAAAAUCUGGAAGUUUAUAAAUCCACAUUCUGACUACUCCUGAUUAAGUCACAACAUAUUUCAUGUUCUAUCCCAAGAGAUUGGAUAUAUUUUCCUGUGCUGUACAGUAGGACCUCAUUGCUUAUCUGAAAAAAAAUAUAUUCUUUUUCAUCGUCUUUUCCAUUAUGUUUUAUAAGAUAUUGAGUAUAUUUCCCUGUGCUAUACAGUAGGUCCUUGUUGUUUAUUUAUAUAUAGCAGUGUGUGUAUAUACUAUUUAUGGUUUUACUUGGUAACUAUAAAUUUGUUUUCUAUGUCUGUG